UAAAAUGCAUAUAUGCUAGAUCGAUGGUCUUUAGAAUAAUAUAACCUCAGACAGUUUCUUAGCUUCUUUCAAUAUUAUUAACAAAUUUGAGUAUUGAAAUUCACCAUGUCGAAGGCAUCAGCGAAGGUGAUAUAUUUGAAGAGUUCUGACGAUCAGAUCUUUGUUAUUGAGGAAACCGUUGCGUUGCAAUCUAAAACUCUUGAGCAGAUGAUUGUUGAUAAGGACAACGAAAAUAUUGUUAUCCCUUUGACAACCAUCACUGGGAGUAUCUUGGCAAAGGGCUUGUUGGACUUGGGAUCAGAGAAAGUGGCGGAGGUAAUAUAUGGGAAAACACCAGAGGAGAUACGUCGGACAUUCAACGUCCCAAACUUCAGACCAGAAGAAGAAGAAGAGGUUCUCAGGGAAAAUCAAUGAGCUUUUGAAUGAUUUCUUUUAGCAAAAAAAAUAUUUUGCAGCAGCAGCGCGGAAUAAGCUAGAGGUGAUCAUUUCUGGUUAAUUUCCUUUGAUUAUAUUUUGUGUUUAUGUGUUUAUCUCUUUAUGAAUUAGAGAUUAAGUGGGUAUUCAAAGAAUGGGUUUGUAUUUACGUUAAUGAUGAAUCAAAUUCUUCUGUUUGGUUAUA